AUGAUGAUCCUUACGCUCACGGCAGACUUGACAGGUGUCACCGACUUGAGACCCGACGACACCCCUGAGAACCCUUUCUGGUACACUUUCAAAGUCCAGUGCACCUCGUGCAGAGAGAUUCAUCCAAAUUUCGUGAAUGUCAGCCGAUUUGAAGCAAAUGACAUGAGCGGUAGUCGAGGAGAAGCCAACUUUGUCUGGAAAUGCAAGUCAUGCAAGAGAGAGUCAUCUGCAACUAUCAAGGAGCCUCCCAUCUCCUACAAGCAAGCCUCUCCACCAACUCGUCAGAAGGUCAUUGAGUUCGAUUGCAGAGGACUUGAAUUUACAGAAUUUAGACCUGAAGGCGAAUGGCUCGCAACUGGUAUCGAGUCGGGCAGUAAGUUUACAGCUAUUGAGCUCACUGAGGGAGAGUGGUUCGACUACGACGAGAAAGCCGGAGACGAAGUCAGCAUUAAAGAUCUGAAGUGGGAGAUCAGAAGAAACUGA